AUGGCAUAUCGCCAGGCUGUUGUAGAGCAACCACAGGAAAUAGAGAAUGUAUUUCGAGUUUCAUCUGAUGAAAAAAUUUUGCAAGUAUAUGAAUGUGAUGACCGAUGCUGUGGGUGCGGUCCCAAGUAUAAAGUAGAAUUAACGGAUGCCAGAAUUAUACAACGACGUAAAAACAAAGUGUGUUGUUGUUCAUGUUAUCAUACUGAUUCAAUGCUUUUUCUUUCCGAUAUCAGUAGUGUAAAAGAUAAACCAGAAAAUGACUGUCGAUGUCUAGCGAAUCCAUGUUCUAUGUUGUGCUGUUUAUUCUUUACUUGUUGUCCUUGUAUUGUAUGCGGUUUACAUCGAGGUAUUGAAGUAGCUUUUCGGGGAGGAUUUGGACAAGAAGUUUUUACAUUCAGUCGAAGUCAAGUAAAUGAUGCUUUAUCAACUAUCCCAAUAGCAGCCAUACCUCAUAAAACAUCUAGCGGGAAUAACUCAUAUCAACCAAUAUCAUAUAGUCAUACUCGAAAUGCACCGCCUCAAAAUAGAAGUAACAGAAAUCGUGAUACGGACGAAACGUUUUGA